CCUUCACUUGACUCGUCUUUCCUCCUCCAUCAUCCUCUCCCUCUCUCUCUCGCUCUCCCAUAAGAUCUUCUCCACGGAAUUCUCAUCUGCGGCUCGCCGAUCCUCCUCCUCUUCCCGGAAAUGGGUGGUUGUUUCUCUCAAGAAGUUAGCGACCCGUCGCGGACGGCCAAAGUGAUCUCGGCGAGCGGCGAGCUCCACGAGUACCACGUCCCCAUCUCCGUGUCCCAAGUCCUCCAUGCCGAAACCUACUCCUCCUCCUCUCCCUGCUUCAUCUGCAACUCCGACAGGUUGUACUACGAGGAGUUCAUACCCGCUCUCCGCGCCAACGACCUGCUCUCGCCCAACCAGAUCUACUUCGUCCUCCCCGAGUCCAAGCUCCAGCAGCGGGUCACGGCGUCGGACAUGGCGGCCCUCGCCGUCAAGGCCAGCGUUGCCCUCCAGAAGGUGGCGAAGCGAGGGGGCGGCCGCAGGCGGAGGAAGACCCAGAUCUCUCCCGUCUUGGAGGUGAACUUCGAUGGGGGAGCUCGCGGCGACGAUAGCAACACCCGAUACGGGAGCCAAGAGUUCGAGAUCAAGAAGAGCUUCGCCGUAGAUGUGAAGGCGGUCCGCGGGGCAAGCCUUUCGAGAUCCGGGUCCAUGAGGAAGGUGCAGAGAGGAUCUUCAAAGCGAAUGAAGCUCGCGGUGCGUUCGUUUAGGAUGAAGCUGAGCACGAUUUAUGAAGGCUCCGCGAUGUAGAAUAGUUUUCUGGAGGUGAUCGAGGGUUAUAAUGACUCCAUCCCCUUCGUGUUUUGCACGAUUUGGGUCCUUUUUUUGUUCAUAUUACUUUCCCUGUGUUAAACUGUCAAUUCUUGCUGAAGAAGAGAAAAAAGUGCAGAAGAAGCUAUGAGAGAAGACACGCUCUCCAUGUAAAGACAGAAGAACGGAUUGAGCGUGUGUUUCUUUGCUGGUUCGGAGCUUGAUGAUAAGUCAUGUUGAUCCCAAAAGUGUGUUCAGAUUAUCAGUUUUGUCUAUGAGUUCUUCAGUUUCC